UUCCAGUUUUUACUCCAACAAAAAUACAUUAAGUGUAGUACGCUUUACAAGGAUUAGCAAACACUUAUCUGAAUAUGGAUAUGCACAAGCGAAGCGAAGAAGUUGAUACAAGAUUGUCUACGUCAGAUCGAAUCUUGGAUAUUACAUGCAAGGUAUGUGGUGAUUUUUCUUCUAGAAAGCAUUACAAUAUAUAUGCUUGCGACGGAUGCGCUGGUUUUUAUAAGAGAACCAUUCGCAGAAAUCGGUUAUACAUCUGUAAAGCGAAAGACUUAAAGUGUUGUAUAAUAGACAAGACGAGGAAGAACCAAUGUCGUGCCUGUCGCAUGAUGAAGUGUAAGAAAGUUGGGAUGAACAUAGAUGCUAUUCAACAUGAACGUGAUCCAAGAAAUCUACCAUUACAUGUAGAUUUGGCCAUUUCCAAUUUAUCUUCACAAAUCACACAAGGACAUAGGAUAUUUUUUAUAUUAAUUAUCCAAGUUUCCUUCGACCUAUUCCAAUCUUAUUAUUGUUAGCUUCUGCAGUUCAACAAAACCUAGAAUAAUUGGAAGGAAUAAUUCAUAAUUGGAGCAUGGCAGUACCUCAUCAUAGAUUUCUCAGAACUGAUGCAAUCAUUGGAUAUGUCUAAACGCGAUAAAGAAUGAGCAAUUUCAGUGGUUUUUGUCUGUAUAAGGUUUUCGGCAGUCCGAAAAAAAAUGUUAUGUUACCUUUUUUGGAUUUUAUUUUAUUUUUAUUAUAAU